UACUUCACCCUUGUAUAUUUUCACCAUGCCUGCAUGCUUCUUAUUACUCCGUGAUCUGGCCAUAUUGUUUUCGCAUACUUCGUCUGACCGGUCUGACUCGCCUCAAAGCCGCCAAGCUAGUUUAAUAUCUUAGUAUUAAAUUUCCUAAUUCGAGAGAAAACAUUUUUCCCUAUCUUGCAAAUCCUCCCCCAAAACUCUGUCGCCUCUUGUUGUCCUUUUUCCGAUCUGUAAAUACUCCGAUUUAAUUUGUUUACUCUCCCACCGGCGCCCUUCCGAUCCGAAGGUGUGUGCGGAGCGUUUCACAUGUCGAUACUUAGGAUACUGGCCGUAUCGUUCACCUGCGGGAGCUAUUAAAUAAUAAGAACAAGAAGAAGCUUCCGUAUACUCUAGGGAGGGAGGCAGGAGCCAUUAAUAACUAAGAAGAAGAAGAAGAACGACACUUUUUUCAGCCAGAUUCGUCAGUAUCUUUUGUACAAAAAUCACAACAACGUGCGCUUCAUCUGUUUCUGAGUCCUAUCCCAUAUUAAGUGAAAUGGAUAAAAUGAUUACGUAUGAAAAUACUUCUAAACGUAAUAAAAAUAACGAGUAUAAAGUCAAAGGGUACACACAGUCUAAAGUAUUGUAUAAUCGAAAGUUCACGGCACCUUUGUGGAAAAAACGGAAAAAUGAAUAUGAUGCUGAUGAAGAAGCUAGGUUAGAAAAAAUAGUUUUCGGAAAUCCCAGUGAUAUUAUAAAUAAUUUAUUAGAUGAUAAGUCUAAAACGAAAAUAAAAGAUGAACAUGUUGAUGUUUGUGAAACGAUAAAAGAUAACAAGGAUGACGGAAUAAACAGUGAGGAUAGCGAGAAUGAUUCAGAUCAGAAUAUUUCAAUUUUAAAUUAUAGCAAUGAUACACACACAAAACUAGAAAAAAAGGAACCAGCAUGGAUAGAUGAAGAUGAUUAUAGUUACACUGUAGAUUUGUCUUUAAAUUCACAAAAUCAUAAUUUAUCUUGUGAGAGAUCAGAAAAAUUAUAUACAACAUAUUUAGAAAACAGAUACAAAUUGUUUGUGGGUACUCCCAAAUGGGCUAAACUUGAAAGAAAUGAUGAAGCUGAUGACUUGGACAGUAAUAUCUUGAAGCACAGUUGUCAUUUGGAAGCACCAAAAAUAAAAAGUCUACCAAAAAAUGUUAUUGACAUUAAAGUGCUCAAAGCUUUGAAUAAAACCACUCACACGGAAGGCCCCAUUGUUACUAGUGUGGAAUUUCAUCCAUCAUCCACUGUGGCUUUAGUUGCUGGUACAUCAGGUGUCCUGUCACUAUUUCAGGUGGAUGGCCAUACGAAUAAUAAAUUACAUAGCAUGAAAUUUAAAAAAUAUCCAAUUAGCAAAGCGACAUUCAUGAAGGAAGGAACAGAAAUUUUACUUGGUUCUCAAUAUUAUCCGUAUUGUCAUACUUACGAUUUAAUGAAUGGCAAAACAUAUAAAUUCUCUUUGCCACACAGAAUUACAAAUAUGAAGCGUUACGAAGUAUCCUCUGAUGGCAAAUUAAUAGCAUUGUGCGGAAGAUCGGGCGAGAUAUAUUUGUUACGUAGCUUUACUAAAGAACUUGUCGGUACAUUCAGAAUGAAUUCAAAAUGUAGGGUACUAGCAUUCACGCCAGAUAGUAAAACACUUAUCUCACACGGUGAUGGCAGUGAGAUGUAUAUAUGGGAUUUGAAUACUCGCAUGUGCAUCAAUCGUGCCAUAGAUGACGGAAGUUUAUCUUGUAAAUCGCUUGCCGUGUCUCCGAGCGGCCAAUUCGUUGCUACUGGCAGUGCACAGGGCGUAGUUAAUCUCUAUGAUAUGAAAACUGUGUUGGAGGAUCGAAAUCCCACACCUCUAAAAAUAUGGAUGAAUCUUGUGACUAGUGUUACAAGCCUGAAAUUUAAUCUGACCUCUGAGAUACUGAGUGCAGCGUCCGUUGACAAACACAACGCAUUUAGAAUGAUGCACCUACCAUCGUUUACCGUGUUUUCCAAUUUUCCGACGCUUCAAACUAUUAUAGGCAUGCCGCAAACGAUUAAUUUUUCUCCCGGAAGUGGUUAUCUUAGUAUUUCGAAUAGAACAGGUUCUGCUUUGUUAUACAGAUUGAGACAUUAUGGAAAUUACUAAUUAUGUUGGUAAAAAGUUUUUCUAACGUUUUUGUAUACAA